GAAUAUUUGAUAAUCUUUUAACAAAUAUGGAAAGCCAAGAACCAAUUAGAGAAAAGCCAAUAGAGACACUAGAAAUAGAUGACACAUACAUUGACAGCGUGAUAUCCGGGUUAAAAUAACUUGUAUGAAGAAUUAGUAGUUGAAGACCAAAAUGCAGAGAUAAACGCAUCCCUGAUGCAGCAACCCAAUCAGAGUGUUUUAAAGAACAAGUGGUUUGAGAGUGAGCGUAGUAAGGCAAUACAGAGCUUAAAGGAAAUCUUUGUAAGACAACAACAGCAAAUAGUUGAGAAGCGCAAGAAUAUGAAUAAAACUCAUGUGUUCUUGUUCAAGAACUUCACCAGGGUGUUCAUUGUCAAGAAUAUCUUAAGCUAUCUUGAAUUGGAUGAGAUAAUAAACUUAACAGGUGUUUGAAUGUACUUCAACUCUCUGAUCAAGUCAACUUUCUUCAUGAAAUACAUUGUAGCUUUGAAGGAGAGAACCAAAAUUGAGAUCACAUUUGAUAACUUCGUCCAGCACGCUGGGGAUGAUCCCAAGACCAAAAUUGCAUCAAGAUUCUCACAUAUCCAGAGUAAGAAGAAGUCUAUCAGCGAGGAGGAUGCCUUCGCCAGGCUUGAAGCAGCCAAGAACGUCAAAGAUUUCCUCACUGAUAAGCUAAAGACAACUGAGGAGAAGCUGCAGGUCCAGGACAGGGACAUUAAAGCUCUUCACAAGUUGCUAGACAUUGAGAAGAACAUCAACCAGAAGGAAACCAUGAGAAUCAGAGAACUUGAAAGGGAGCUCAAAGAAGAAAGAACCAAACAUGACGAAAAAGAAACUGAGAUUUUAGAUAAAGUAAAUGAAUUAGAGACAAAGCUUAGAGAGAAGGACAGAAGCCUCCAAAUGCUCAGCACUAAGUACUCAGAAAUUAAACAACAUAAGAAGGUACUCAAGAAUGAAGUACUCAAUUUGAUGGAGCAGCUUAAAUCUUCAGAGUAUCGUCUCCAGACAUCCCAGACGACUGUUAAUUCAAUAGCAGACUUUUUCAACAAUAAUACCUUGCAAAAGUUGGAGCAGCUUAAGGAGAGGAAGAGUAAGGGCAGGAAGGAUAAUGAGGUUGCGUCAUAAGCCCAGUCCCACCUUAUGUUUCUGCU